AUGCAACAGCAGCAACAGCAGCAACAGCAAGAGCAGCAGCAGCAGCAAGAGCAGCAGCAGCAGCAGCAGCAGCAGCAGCAGCAGCAAGAUGGGGCAGACGGAGAGCACCCCACAAGCGGCCCCUCCAGUUGGGGAGACGGCUGCAAAAGCUGCGACAUGUUACUUCCUCAGCAGGUGCUGGUGCGUCUCUGUUUGUUUGCAGCAACAGCAGCGGAUGCUGCAGCAGCCAAGGCAGCAGCAGCAAAGGCAUCAGCAGCAAAGGCAUCAGCAGCAAAGGCAGAUGCAGCAGCAACAGCAGCAGAGAAAGAAGACUGGACAAAGAGGGGUUCAACAGACACUGCAACCACAGUAGAAGGUGGAGACGCACCAGAAGAGGCUGCUGCUGAAGCUGCUGCUGCUGCUGCUGCUCCCGCUGCUGUUGGUGCUGCUGCUCCUGGGUCUCGGGAAGGGGCCCUUGGCGGCGAAGGGGGGCCCAAUGCAGAGGAAGCAAAAAGAGAGACUGGGCCACAGCAGCAAGAGCAGCAGCAGCAGCAGCAGCAGCAGCUUAAACAGAAGCAGCCUAAGAGCCAGAGAGCACAGGGCCAGCAGCUGCAGGAGCAGCGGCGGCGCGUCCUUCAGCGCCAGCAGCAGCAGCAGCAGCAGAAGCAGCAGCAGGAGCAGAAGCAGCAGCAGGAGCAGCAGAAGCAGCAGCAGCAGCAGUUGGAGGCACCGAAAGCAGCUGGCCUGAAGCAGUUGCAGGAUGGGGAGGCCUCCUUAGCUGCAGAUACACCGCAGCAGUCUGGGGGCCCAGGUGUACAUACACCUGGAGAGGGAGAAGACGCUAAGGCGGACGCGCAGCAGCAGCAAAAGAAGCAGCAGCAGCAGAAGCAGCAGCAGCAGCAGAAGUAUCACCACCAUCACCAGCAGCAACAGCAGCAGCAGCAGCAGCAGCAUGAGGCAGCAGCAGCUGCAGCAGCAGCGGAGGAGGGGAGACAAGAAGAAGAGACGCAUAAGCCUGUUGGGGGUCCCUCUGGUGUUGCUGCAGCUGUUGAAAUGCACGAGACAGAAAGUAAAGCCCCUAAGGAAGAGUUAGCUGAGGGUCUGAGCAUGCAAGAAGAGGGGCCCCCUAAGGAGAGAGAUUUGCUGCAGGAAGGGGGGCCCCCUCAAGAGAAGAAGGGGGCCCCCGUGGAGGAGGCAGGGGGCCCCCCUGAGGAGGCAAAGAAGGGGGCCCUUAAGGGGGAUAUGAGGGUCCCUAUAGAUGCUAAGGGGCCCCCCAAAGAGGGUAAGGGGGCCCCCAAAGAGGGUAAGGGGGCCCACAAAGAGGGUAAGGGGGCCCCUCAUGAGAGAGAGGUAUUAGGGGCCUCUAAAGCUAAAGAAGAGGUGGCGGGGGAGGAAGAGUUUAAUGAAGCUUGUUUAUCUUAUCUAGGUGCGCAGAGGGCCCCCGAAGAAGAGCAGGGGCUGAAGGAGACAGAUAAAACACAAGAAAAGGAGAGACUUCUCAAUAGGGGCCCUGAAGAUAUAGGCCCUGAGGAAGAAGGGGCCCCCCCAAAAGAUAAAGAGAAGCAGCAGCAAAACUUACAAGAAGGGGCCCCUAAAGAAGCACAAGCACAAGCAAAAGAAGAAGCAGCAGGCUUAAGCGAGGAAGGAGGGGGGCAGAGCAGCAACAAAGAAGAAGCAGAAAAACAACAAGAAGAAGGGGGCCCUCAAGAGAGAGCGGAGGCCCCCAAAGAAGCAAGAGAGGCCCCGCAAGAAGCAGAGGGAUAUAUAAAAGAAGAGGCCCCAAAAGAACAGGUGGGGGGCCCUGCAGAAGAUGUGAGGGGCCCUAAAGAAGGAGACACACUUAAUAUGAAUGCAGAUAUAGAGAAGGUAGGAGACAUUAAAACAGAAGGGGCCCCUAAAGAAGAGGAAGCCCUAAAGGAGACAGGGGCCCCUAAAGAAGAGGAGGCCUCUAAGGAAGCAGAGGCCCUGAAGGAAGAAGAGGAGGCCCCUAAAGAGGGAGGGGCCCCUGAAGAAGAAGAAGAAGUUUCAAAGGAGGAAGGGGCCCCUAAAGAAGCAGAGGCUCUCAAAGAAACAGAGGUCUUGAAGGAAGAAGAGGAGGCCCCUAAGGAAGCAGGGGCCCUGAAGGAAGAAGAAGGGGCCCCUAAAGAAGAAGGGGCCCCUGAAGAAGCUUCAAAGGAGGAAGGGGCCCCUAGAGAAGCAGAGGCCCUCAAAGAAACAGAGGUCUUGAAGGAAGAAGAGGAGGCCCCUAAAGAAGAAGGGGCCCCUGAAGAAGAAGAAGCUUCAAAGGAGGAAGGGGCCCCUAAAGAAGAGGAGGCCCCUAAGGCAGCAGAGGCCCUGAAGGAAGAAGAGGAGGCCCCUAAAGAAGUAGAGACGCUGAAGGAAGAACAGGAGGCCCCUAAAGAGGAAGGGGCCCCUAAAGAAGAAGAAGCUUCAAAGGAGGAAGGGGCCCCUAAAGAAAAGGAGGCCCCCAGGGCAGCGGAGGUUUUGAAGGAAGAGGGGGGGGCCCUCAAAGAAGCAGAGGCCCUGAAGGAAGAAGAGGAGGCCCCUAAAGAGGAAGGGGCCCCUAAAGAGAAGGGGGAGGCCCUUGAUGAGGCUGGCGGGGCCUCUAGAAAAGAAGAGGGUCCUGAAGAUGCAGGGGCCCCUAAGGAGAAGGGGGCCCCUAAGGUUGGAGAAGACAAAGGGGAAGAGGCCCCAAAGAAGGAGGUUGCUGAUGAAGGGGUGCCACCUGGAGAUAAGAAGAAAGCCUCUGGGGCGCCCUUAAAGAGCAAAGGAAGUCUGCAGGGGCCCCUGCACAAAAGGGGCCCCUCAGGGGCCCUACACUCUAGGAGGAGCCUAACAGGGCCCAGAACAGAGCCCAGCAGCAGCGGGAGACAGCCCCUUCAAACGCGACAUUCAAUGAAAAACAACAAAACAUCUCAGACAACACCAACCGCGAAAACUUCUUCUGGGGUUCAUAGGGGGGCCUCGGGGGCCCAUGCAGGGGGCCCCAGAACAAGGGCCCCCUCAGGAACAGCUGCAUUUCAAGGAGGAAGAUCAGCAGAAACCCCUGCAAGGGCUGCUACGCUAGGAUCUCACGUGUCGCGCACGUCCACAGGGGCCCCUCUGGCAAAGAAACCCCCAGGAGCCCCUACAGGGGCCCACCGAGGGACCCCUAGUCCAGCAACAACACAACCUACAGGGGCCCACCGAGGGGCCUCUACUUCAGCAGCAACACAACACACAGGGGCCCACCGAGGGGCCCCUAGUUCUGCAACAACACAACCUACAGGGGCCCACCGAGGGGCCCCUAGUUCAGCAACAACACAACCCCCGGUUGCAAAGAAGCGGUUGGAGCAGAGAGCGAACAGCUUGAUGCAUUCUUGGCCGUCGACAGGAGAAGAAAAGAGCGGAGAUGCUGGGGAGGAGGGGGUUAAGACCCAGUUGAGAAGGGGUCUAUCUCACGGAACUGUAGCGCCUAAGUCGGUGCAUCCUACGAGGCCAGUGCAGAAGAGGUGGAGAUGA